AUGGCGCCACGGGCGAGGCCAGCAGCAGCAGCUCGCAAUCACGCACGCGCAGUGUACGUGCAGUGUACGCACCUGGUCCGUCUCGCCGUACGAGUCGAAGUAGGGCGCGGGCAGCAUGGCGCCGCGGGCGGGCGCGGGCGCGGCCAGCAGCAGCAGCUCACACUCGCGCACGCGCAGUGUACGUGCAGUGUACGCACCUGGUCCGUCUCGCCGUACGAGUCGAGGUAG